UGUAGGAUGAAAAGCUGCAGAGGGUGGGCCCAAACCAGCUGCUGCCUUGCCAUCCGUGUGCUUCUGGCCUCCAGGGAUGACACCAGACAGCAUGCUCCUGAAGGCACCCCUGCUUCUGGGGCUUAUUGUGCUGGUGCCUCAUGUCUGCAGUUCUGACUUUGUGGACAUUAAUAAGAGAGCAAAUUACUUUGCCCUAUGUGUGGAGUUUGCAGUGUUCCAUUUCAACCAAGUCUAUCCAGAUGAGUAUGCAUACAAGCUGCUGUGGAUACGACGAAGCCAGCGCAAGAAUACAGACUGCUGUCCAGAACUCAUUCUGUCCAUGCCCAGAUUCUGGUCCCCACAUGAACUGUCCUGAUCCAAGCACCAUACCAGCAGAGCUCUGAUGGGGAGAGUCUCACCCCUUCAUUACAUUCUUGAAGAGAGCCCAUGCACAGAGCCCACCAGCUUCUUUCCCAUUUCCUGACCCUCUGCCUCUUCUUUAGAUAGCAGUCAGCCCUGGACUCCUGGAGGCUGCAGGAGUUCCUUGGGCAUAGAGACUACAGCUGAUGCUUCAGCCCCUGCACUCUGUCCUAGCUCAGGGUCUGGUGAACAUUCAAGUGGGGUCAUUGGUGCGUGUGUGUGUGUGUGUUGGUGAUGUUGAUGGUACAUGUCUAGGUAUGAAUAGCUACCGUGUGUCAGCUGUAAGAACUGAGUCCCAAGUGAAGUCAGCUUUCUAGACAAUUCCAGGUCAGUCCACUGAGAGGCAGAUUCCUCCCUAUGGUGAUU